CAGAAUCCGAAUCUCCUUUUUUUAAAUUUGGUCAGGGAUGCAGAAACCAGCCAGGAAAUCCAGCAAGAAAUCAGAUGUUUCGGUGGAUACAAGUGAAACAAACAACCAAACACGGACUGGAGAUUUAUUCGGCAACUUUUACGCACAAGUUUUGGCAGCGAGAAUAUCCGUGUGGAGUUCACCUCGUGCUGUUAAAGCUUUCACAGCUUUAGAACCAGCCUUCGGCGAGGUGAACCAGCUCGGAGGUGUUUUCGUGAACGGCCGGCCCCUCCCCAACGCCAUCCGYCUCAGGAUCGUGGAGCUGGCCCAGCUCGGGAUUCGACCCUGCGACAUCAGCCGCCAGCUGCGCGUCUCCCACGGCUGCGUGAGCAAGAUUCUGGCCCGCUACAACGAGACCGGCUCCAUCCUCCCGGGCGCCAUCGGAGGCAGCAAGCCGCGCGUCACCACCCCCACCGUGGUCAAGCACAUACGGACAUACAAGCAGAGGGACCCGGGCAUUUUCGCCUGGGAGAUCCGGGACAGGCUGCUGGCGGACGGGGUGUGCGACAAGUUCAACCUGCCCUCGGUCAGCUCCAUCAGCCGGAUCCUCCGGAACAAGAUCGGGAACCUGUCCCAGCAGAGCCAGUACGAGUCGGGCAAGCAGGCGCCCCACCCCCKGCCGCAGCCAACGUUACCCUACAACCACUUGUACUCAUACCCGGCGUCCAAAGUGCCCACCCCCCCGGGCAUGCCCACCCUUCCUGGACACAUGAUGCACAGGAUAUGGCCCUCGUCGCACUCCGUCACAGAUAUUCUGGGGAUUCGGUCCAUAACAGAGCAACAAAUUAGUGACAGUCCGCCCUUUUGCAGCGCCAAACUAGAAGAAUGGAGCGCUCUAAACAGGACUAGUUUCCCCGCAGCGAGCUCUCCACUAGUCAGCAUGGAUAAGGCGCAUUUAGAACCUGACGCAAAAUACACACAGACGCCGAAUGGAUUGCCCACAGUGAACAGCUAUGUCACAGCACCCAGCAUCCCUCCCUACCACCCUCCCACCCAAGUGUCACCCUACAUGGGGUACAGCGCCACCACGUCGGCCUAUGUGACCGGCCCCACAUGGCAGCCGGCCAGUGGCAGUGCUCUCUCUCCCCACAGCUGUGACAUCGCCUCUCCWCUGGCCUUCAAGGGCAUGACGGCCAACCGCGACGCCAUCCACCCGCUCGCAGCCUCGGCACUGUGAGGUCGCCUCCACGGGGCUGAUGGGAGGAGGGGUGGGGGGCAGCGGGGCAGAGAGYACUCAGUGUCUGUGGUGACGGUUCACUGCCUCCCUUCCAUGAAGGACUUCCUCUGAACGAGACGCCACCAACUCCCCCCUCGAUCAGCUGAACAGACUAAAGACACGCAAGGAGUAAACAGUCACACACACACAUACACACAUACACACACAUACCCAAAACUGUGCAAAGAACUUGCAGGCAGGUGUUCGGAAAGACUGAAGUGUGACCGUAUCUCCACCCGUCAGCAUAAAAUCUACUCAGAUUCAUUCCUCUUCAGGCAAAAAAAAAAAAAAAAAAAGUCUAAA